GUCACCUCCGCCACUCCACACCCCAAAACCCUCAUCUUUAACCAACCACACCCUUUGUGCCACGUGGCAUUACAAAUAUCCAAACUAAAACAAAUAGCUAUCAAGCUUCACCGUAGUCCAUUCCCCCUACGUUCUAUCACAUAUCAUAGCCACCAACUCAUCCAGAAUUCCCAUUAUAAUAUUAACUGAAUAUCUAGUAUAUAUACUUUCGAAAUUGAAUUUUGAAAUGACCCUUUUUUCCACUGCCAAUUCAAGCCCAUUCAAGUCCCUUUCAUUCCCACCUUAAUAUCAGCUCCAGACUUUGUCCAAAACUAGGGUUAGUCAUAGAAACCCACAAACAAAAAACACAUCAGUUUUCCAUCCACAUAGCUAAGCUGUUUCCUUUCCUUACAAACUGCCAUCUGUUUUCUUCAACACCAUUUUCCUUGGAAAUCAAAGGACAAGAAUCCAAACUCGUUUUUAUGUGGCAUUUCAGUACCAUCUAAACAAUUUGCCAGGGCAUCCCAUUUUAACAUUCUCUUCCCUGCCUCGAAGCUCUCUAAAUUCCCUUUCUGAGUAGACAUAACAAGAGAGAGCUAAGCAAUGGCAGUUUGCACAGUAUACACCUCCCAAUCUUUCAAUUCUACAUGUUCAAUCUCCACACCAACAAAAACCCACUUAGGUUUCCACCAAAAGCAGGUAGUUUUCUACAGCACUGGCAAGCGAACCAACAAGAGAGGUAGCAGCAGCUGCGGCCCAUGUGUCAUAACCUGCUCAGCUGGUGACUCGCAAACAGUCGUGAUUGGUUUGGCUGCAGACUCAGGAUGUGGGAAGAGUACCUUCAUGAGGAGGCUAACUAGUGUGUUUGGUGGUGCAGCAGAGCCACCGAAGGGUGGCAACCCUGAUUCAAACACACUCAUAAGCGAUAUGACCACUGUCAUAUGCUUAGAUGAUUACCAUUCACUUGACCGAACAGGAAGGAAAGAGAAGGGAGUGACAGCACUUGACCCAAGAGCUAACAACUUCGACCUCAUGCAUGAGCAAGUUAAGGCUCUCAAGAGUGGUAUUGCUGUCGAGAAGCCUAUCUACAACCAUGUUACUGGUCUCUUGGAUCCUCCUGAGCUCAUUAAGCCUCCAAAGAUCCUUGUCAUCGAAGGACUGCACCCCAUGUUCGACGAACGCGUGAGGGAUCUUUUGGACUUCAGUAUCUAUUUGGACAUCAGCAAUGAGGUCAAAUUUGCAUGGAAAAUUCAGAGGGACAUGGCUGAGAGAGGACACAGCCUUGAAAGCAUUAAAGCCAGUAUUGAAGCCAGGAAGCCCGAUUUCGAUGCCUAUAUCGAUUCUCAAAAGCAAUAUGCUGAUGCAGUAAUUGAAGUGCUGCCAACUCAGCUCAUUCCGGACGACAAUGAAGGGAAGGUUUUGAGAGUUAGGUUGAUAAUGAAAGAAGGGGUGAAGAAUUUCAGCCCAGUUUACCUGUUUGAUGAAGGCUCAACCAUCUCAUGGAUACCAUGUGGAAGGAAGCUCACUUGCUCUUACCCUGGCAUCAAAUUCUUCUAUGGCCCUGACACUUACUUCGGCCACGAGGUUUCUAUUCUCGAGAUGGACGGGCAAUUUGACAGAUUAGAUGAACUUAUUUAUGUUGAAAGCCAUUUGAGCAACAUCUCUACCAAGUUCUAUGGAGAAGUCACCCAGCAAUUGUUGAAGCAUGCUGAUUUCCCUGGAAGUAACAAUGGAACCGGCCUCUUCCAAACCAUUGUUGGAUUGAAGAUCAGAGAUCUCUAUGAGCAAAUUACCGCGAGCAAAACUGCAGCUCCACUAGAAGCAACAAAAGCCUAGAAGUACAGUAGCUUCCUUAUACAUUGGACAAUGACUUAGGUUCAUAAAAAAUUAUCCUCUUUUCAGUUUUCCCCUUUCCACUUCCUCUUUCAAGUGUCAUUAGUGUUAGCUUGUUCUUCUCAUAUGUAUUUAUUUUCUGUUGUAAUUCUGUGGAGAUCUGUAAUAUAGAGAAACAAAAUCAAAGAUCAAAUUCAAGUUUAGAAAUUCAUAGAAAACGAACCUUUUGGCAUCAUCUAUCCUCUUCUAUUUUCCCUAUUGCUUGUAACCAUGAUUUAUGUAGCUAUGAUUUUUGGUUUUUUUCUGGAAUAAGAGGAUUGGGUAUGGAGGAUGGCCAAAAUGUGACGUUUUCCUUGAAGUUGUUGUAACCUUUUUAGAUAAAGAUUUUACACGCUUACCUAGCUCAUCUAUGCAUUUUUUUUCAUUUACAAUUCACAAAAGUAUAAUCCCACGCUUGAAGAAGAGUGAAGGAAUGCCAA